UGUUUACCCGUCGAUUGUUGAUGACGUUUCACUCCUCCCCGGGGCUCCGCUAGCAGACCAAUCAGAGAGGGGCUCAGCGAGUCGCCUAAAGAUUACGUAAAAGAAAACCGCUCGCGUGUGUCGCCGGUGGAAUGUUAAGGAGUGUUCCCAGGCUUCUCACUCUGUUUGAUGUUCCUCACUGUGUUGGAGUUCAUCGCCUCAUCUCCUGUCCCAUCACAGGAUCUGAGAAACGUUUCUCUGUGUUGCGUGUGCAGUCGGCGAUGACGGACCCUGACCUCGGCCUAUACCAGCCCCCCGCCGCUGUUCGAGGUAUGACCAUCCUCGAGCGUGACGCUUUCACGCAGACGCUCAAGGUUCCUGCGAUACGGCUCCCCACCCGCGUCCUCAACCGACUGGUCAAGAGCCUGAAGAAGGUGGCGCUGCACAGGCCUGGCCUCAAACGUGUGGUAGAUGAUGACCAGGGGAAUGAGACGGACGCAGAACACCGGCUGCUCCUGCUGGACCCUCAGAGUGUUAAGUCGGCCGAAUCGCUCGGUCCGGAGGAGGCGGCGGCGCUGAAGGCGUUGGGGGUGGAGCCUGAGAUCCGACACUACCAACUCAAACUUACGUAUGAGAACCUGAAGAGUGAGGAAGUGCUGCGCGCUGUGCUUCCUGAAGGACAGGAUGUGACAUCAGGGUUUAGCCGAGUGGGACACAUCGCACACAUGAACCUCAGAGAUCACCAGCUGCCAUAUAAAAACCUGAUCGGGCAGGUGAUCUUAGAUAAGAACCCGGGCGUGACCUGCGUGGUGAACAAAACCAACACCAUCGACUCGACCUACAGAAACUUCCAGAUGGAGGUGUUAGCCGGAGAAAACAACAUGGUAGCGAAGGUGAAGGAGAACGGUGUGUCGUACGAGUUUGAUUUCUCACGUGUGUACUGGAACCCUCGUCUCAGCACAGAGCACGAGCGUGUCGUUUCUCUGCUCCGCCGAGGUGACGUGGUGUUUGACGUCUUCGCCGGAGUCGGACCGUUCUCCGUGUUAGCAGCACGCCGCGGCUGUUCUGUCUUCGCCAAUGACCUUAACCCCGAGUCCUACAAGUGGCUUCAGCACAAUGCCAAGCUCAACAAGGUCGAGUCCAAGGUCACCACCUUCAACCUCGAUGGCCGGGAGUUCAUUCGAGGCCCGCUGCGAGAGCAUCUUCCCGACCUGAUCAAGAGCUCAGGUUCUUCAACUGCUAUCCACGUGAUCAUGAACUUGCCCGCAUUAGCGCUCGACUUCCUGGAUGCUUUCAGAGGUUUGCUGAGGGGCGAGACAGACCGCGGUCCUGACGAGGGUUUCCUGCCCCGGCUUCACGUCUAUGGCUUCUCCAAAGAGGACGAACCCGAGAGGGACGUGCUGGAGCGAGCUGAGCUCGGGUUGGGGACCUCGCUGAAGGAACGCUGUGAAGUGCACUUGGUGAGGAACGUGGCACCAAACAAGGAGAUGAUGUGUGUGAGCUUCAGCCUGCCCAGAGAUGUGCUGUACGGAGAAGACAUGGUGGUCGAGGAGGGCUGUUCAGAAGAACCGUCACCAAAGAGGCUGAAACACGAGGAGACACAAUAAUAACCUCAUCUGUAAUGACCACAUCUGUAUGAAGUUUCUGUUUUAAGAUUUUGUUUUAUCUAAAAAAAAAAAAGAUCUCAGAGAUUGGAUUAUAAUGUUUAAGGUUUCUGUUCAGAUCUGUA